AUGUCUGACUCUCCCGCUGCCCCCGACUUUGAGGCUCCCCCCACCGACCUCAUCACCCUCACCCGCCACAUCCUGGCACAGCAGCAGAAGCUCGGCGCCCAGGCGUCGGGUGACCUGACCAUGCUGCUCGUUGGUAUCCAGGUCACGUCCAAGUACAUUGCCUCCAAUGUGCGCAAGGCGCGUCUGAUCAACCUCGUCGGCCUUGCUGGCGCCUCCAACGUCCAGGGCGAGGACCAGAAGAAGCUCGACGUCCUCUCGAACGACAUCAUGGUCAACGCUCUCCGCGCUUCGGGCAAGGUCUCGGUCAUGGUCUCGGAGGAGAUUGACGACCCCAUUCUCGUCAAGGGCGUUAAGGGUACCUAUGCCAUCGUGUUCGACCCCCUCGACGGCUCGUCGAACAUUGACGCCGGUGUCAACGUCGGCACCAUCUUUGGUGUCUACCGCGUUCCCGAGGGCCGGGAGGGCUCUGUCGCCGACGUCCUCCGCCCCGGUAAGGAGAUGGUCGCUGCCGGCUACACCAUGUACGGUUCGUCGUGCAACCUCGUCCUCACCACUGGCCAGGGCGUCGACGGCUUCACGCUCGACGAGUCGCUCGGCGAGUUCAUCCUGACUCACCCGGACAUCCGCAUCCCUGAGCGUGGCAAGAUCUACUCGUUCAACGAGGGCAACUCGCUCCACUUCUACCCCCCGACCCUCGAGUACCUCGAGAGCAUCAAGUUCCCCGCCGACAACAAGCCCUACUCGGCGCGUUACAUUGGCUCGAUGGUCGCCGACGUGCACCGCACUCUCCUGUACGGAGGCAUCUUCGGCUACCCCGACGACAAGAAGAGCAAGGACGGCAAGCUGCGCAUGCUCUACGAGGCGUUCCCCAUGGCCUUCCUCACCGAGCAGGCUGGCGGUCUCGCGACCACCGGUACGCAGCGCAUCCUCGACGUCAUUCCCAAGAACAUCCACGGUCGCUGCCCCGUGUUCCUGGGCUCCAAGAACGACGUCGAGGACAUCCAGAAGUUCUACGCAAAGUGGGAGUCGCCCGACAAGAAGUGGUAA